AUGCCUAGACUCUCUUCCUCUUCUCUUCUCUCACCUCCCUCCACCAUCAUUAUUCAACACUGCAACAACAUCCAAGGUUUCACUGCGACUCAUAGGAAAUGGAGUCCUUCUGAUCGCCUUCGCCUUCACCUCUUAUCUCGCUCAGGCAAGAUAGGAUCAGUCACCAUCCCAGUCACUGCUCCCAUUCCCUCUCCACUCACCCCUUACUCACAGUCUCCUUCUGGAGUACCUGUGAAUAUCCGGCAGGACUUCGUCGCUCCCAGCGUACUGAGCUCUCCUACUCCAACCGCAACCAUUCCCGCGUUGGACUUCACAUCCUUCACCACGGAUCAAUCGCAACCAUGGCGUUCCCCAACCCCAAGUACAUCAACUGCAUCGUCGCAGAACCAACAGCAGCACAACUUCAAUCAGGACUUUCAGCUCUUCGCCGCUCCGGAGACCCCUCUCAGGAUCUCUCAAGCCUCGCGUGCGCAGGCGAUAUCGAGUACAGCCCCUAAUAGCCAACGACUAGCCCAGACCCGGCAUCUCUCUAUCAACAGCAGAGUGUCUCCUGCAGUCCAGUCUAUCUCGUCUCCAUCUCACGGGCAUCUCUACUCGUCUCCCAAUCACCGGUCUUUUCCCAGUCUAGCAUUGCAAAACCCAUCCACUCAAGAGAAAUACCUGCGCCAGCUUGCUCAUUUGCAGCGUCUGCCGCCUGUUCCCCCUUUUGACUCGAUCACCACUGUUCCCCGCAGAAACUACUCGGUUCCUAACAUCCCACAAGGUACUUACAACCGCAGCCCGACUCGUCGGGCGAAGUCACUAACCGUGUCCCCAGGCGAUAUGGCUACCGCCUUCGACUCGAUGUAUCUCCCGGGAGGCGACUUCAGCGCCUCCCACGACGAUUUCCUGGACCUCGAGCCCAAUUUCCAGUCCAACAACCAUUUCACCACUGUCAAUUCCGGAGUUAACGAUGGCACAAUUUCUCCAACCGAUUUGUUCAAGGACGACGCAAUGAUCAUGUCGGCUCCGCCAUCCACGGCAUUCCCAAACCUGAGCACUCCGGAUUCGAGCUUCUUGGAAUCCCCCGCCAUAGCCAGCAGUGGCUUGAAUACCUCCCCACUGGAAGAUGGGGAACUCGAUGCCCAGUUGAACUUCGCUGAGCUCGACAACAUGGUACCGCUCUUCCCACAGAAUUCCUUGGAUCAGUUCGCCUGUCACCCCUUGUCGACUGCGCCUUUCACACAGUCAACUUCGAGCGCCGUGAGCUCUCGACCGGCCUCCCGCGCUCAAGAGACCGGUAUGGUACGGCAGAAGUCCUCACCAGGACGACCGCCGUCGCAACCUUACCAUACCCGCAAGCGUUCAGAGACUUAUGGUGUCUCUAAGGCGUCUAAGCCCCGCAAGAGCUUGCCUGAAAUCACCAUUGACAGUGAUGAUGACAAGGAGACGGCAAAGAGAAAGAAAAACACUGCCGCUGCCCGAAAGUCUCGUCAGCGAAAGCAGGAACACGCUGAAGCGGCCGAAGCCGAGAUCCAACGUCUCAGAGGCAUCAUUUACCGCCUUGGAGCCGAUCCUGACGCGGAGAAUCUGUGA